CUGAUGUCCCACAAUGCUGCGCGGCGCAGUUCGGACAGUCCAGUCAGUCAAUCCACAUCCAGCAUUCGCUAUUAGCGCUGUCUUUUUGUUUAUAUAAGGGUUGCCAAAUGAUGAGUAUCGUGUUUUUAAGCGUCUGCCACUGUAACCGGACUGAUACUUACGGUGAUGCGCUCGUAACCUGCGUAACGGCAUCAUAAACGACUGCGCUGUGAACGUCCACAAGAGCUGCAAGAACCUGCUGCCCGAGUGCAAGAGCAAGGCGAAAGAUUCAGCGCAGAAGACGUCAAACGGCGCAGCUCAGUUGAAUAGUCAAGCUCUGAGAGACCCCUGCACUGCUCUGACCCCCAUCGAUGGCUCAUCCCGCUUGUCCCGCUGCUCUGCAGGUAUGACCGUACCACACAAAGGCCCCAGCGCUCAGCCCGCCUCCUCCAGCAACCCCUCGGCCAGUCAGAACAGCAGCAGCAGCGGCUCCAUCACAGGAGAGAUGGAUGAGAUUGACGCGUUCAGAGUGAGACGUCCUGCUGAUGACACCGUCUCUCUGGCCUCCACAGUGCCCGAAUCACUCAUCGUCGAAGAUGCACAUUACGCCACAGUGCGGAGUGAACUGGAAGCCCUCGCACAAGACUUCGAGGUGGAGUCCUGGAGUUUGGCUGUGGAUCAGCACUUCUCAAAAACACAUUCAAAGGAAGCCAUCAAGAGACAGGACGUUAUAUAUGAGCUCAUCCAGACAGAGAUCCACCAUGUGCGGACGCUGAAGAUCAUGCUCCGCGUUUACGCUCGAGAGCUGCGGGAGGCCUUACAGCUGGACGAACGCAGGCUGGACUGUCUGUUUCCCCGACUGGACAGCCUGCUGGAGCUGCACAACCACUUCCUGUCCCGUCUUAGAGAGCGCCGUGUAGAGUCUCUACAGCCAGGCAGCGAACGCAACUACGCCAUCAAUAAACUCUCAGAUAUUCUUAUAUCCCAGUUUUCGGGAGAGCUUGGAGAUCGCAUGAAGGAAAGCUAUGGGGAUUUCUGCAGUCGACACACUGAAGCGGUCAACCACUACAAAGAGCAGCUGCAGAGCAACAAGAAGUUCCAGAACCUGAUGAGAAAAUUAAGUAAUCUGUCAAUAGUGCGACGGUUAGGCGUCCCAGAGUGCAUCUUGUUAGUGACACAGAGAAUAACCAAGUAUCCUGUGCUUCUGGAGCGCAUCCUGCACAACACUGAAGCUGGAACAGAAGAGCAUGAAGGAUUGGCACAAGCUCUGGGUUUAAUCAAAGACGUCAUUGUUCAGGUGGAUGCACAGGUCAGUCUCUACGAGAAGGAAGCGCGGCUCAGGGAAAUCGCCUCUAAGAUGGAGCCCAAAUCCCUUGGGAAAAUUAAAGACGGACGCGUCUUCCGUAAGGAGGACCUCUCUCAGGGCCGCCGGAAGCUCUUGUUUGAGGGCACAGUCAACUGGAAAGCUGCUUCUGGUCGACUUAAAGAUAUUCUAGCUCUGCUUCUUACUGAUGUUCUUGUUUUGCUGCAAGAGAAGGACCAGAGAUACGUGUUCUCAACUGUGGACAACAAGCCGUCGGUCAUUUCUUUGCAGAAGUUGAUUGUGCGUGAGGUGGCGCACGAAGAGCGGGCAAUGUUCCUCAUCUGCGCUUCCUCAAAUGAACCCGAGAUGUACGAAAUCCACACCGCCUCAAAAGAAGACCGCAACACGUGGAUCACCCAUAUCCGUCAGGCGGUGGAGAGCUGUCCGCAUACUGAAGAGAGAUUGUUCAGUGAGGAAGAGGAGGCCAGAGUUGCCCGCGUCCGGGAGUACCAAGAGCGUCUGGCGCUGAAGGAUGCUCAGAUCACUCAGAGUCUGGCAGAGAAGCUGCAGCUGUUUGCGGAGCUGUCUGAAUGUGUGGCCGGUCUGGAGGACUCGGGCUCCCGUUCUCGUCUGCUCCUCCGCGGAGACACGUCUGACCUCCAGCAGGGGGAGACUCUGCUCAAAGCAGCCAUCACUGAAGUGGAGAACCUGCAGAACCUCCUGACGUCUCGAGUUCGAGGAACAUCGGCACAGACUGAAGGAAACCAGAGUCCGUCCUUGAGCUUGCUUCCACGCCGAGCCGACACAUUCGGCGGAUACGAUAGCAAUUCUAGUGCACUGCCUAAGAACGGCAGCAUUAAGAAGAAGGGUCCCGGAGCAGGAGGCAGGACGAGAGACAGGAGUCAACGGGCCAGUUCUGACCCACAGCUCAAAGAGGUGUUCACCUGUCAGGACCACGAUGAGCUGGACGAGGCUUCCUCACCUGCCAGCACCAACAUGUGGUCCUCGUGUAAACUUCCUGAAUCAGAGUUGUAUGAGCGUGUGCUGCUGCUUUCCCAGAGACUCUACAGUUUACAGGCCAUAAUCUCCCAGCAAGACAGCCACAUUGAGCUCCAGCGGGCCUCGAUCCUCACAGCUGAGCGGGAGCGUCCUGGCAGCCGAACCCGUGGCACCGACGUGCUCCUGGAACAGGAAAAGCAGCGCAACCUGGAGAAGCACCGCGAGGAGCUGGCCAACUUCCAGCGGCUGCAGAGCCAGCAUCGACAGGAGCAGGCGCGCUGGGAGCGGGAACGCGAAAAACAGCGGCGGCUGGCAGAAGCAGACCAGCAGAGGCUGAAGGAGAGAGAGGAGGAGUGCAGAAGGCUGGAGACACGUCUGGCAGAGGAGAGACUGGAGCUGGAGAGACAGAGACAGACCUACCAGCAGGACCUGGAGAGGCUAAGAGAGUCCACACGUGCCGUGGAGAAGGAGAAAGAGCGUCUGGAGCAGCAGAGGAAGCUGAAGAAGCACAACACUGUGCCCAAUACUGCAGCACUGUACACACAGGAGCUCACACAGCUUUCCACUUCCUCCAGCUUCAACGGUGAGUUUCUGCUGGGUGGAGCAGGAGAGCAGACGCACCCUCAGAAGUCUCUCCUGCGGGCCAGCCUCUCUGCAUCCCCCGCAGACUAUCCGGAACGUCCCGAAGUCCACUCGCGCAGAGAGAGCUCCUGCAACACCCUGCCUGCCAAGACCGAGGUUCCCAUCCAUCUCAUUAGCACCACCAACCAGCUGCACAAGCAGGGCAGCGUCCAGCAGCAGAUCCCCACCAAACUCGCCGCCCUCAGCAAGGGCAAGGAGAAGAGUGGAAAGGGGAAGAGUUCCCACCGUACCGACAGUUUGGCGUCUGUGGACAUGAAGCAGAUGCUGCCCAUCAAGCUGUCAGCAAGGGAUUCAGACGGAGGUCACAAAACCCGCCGACCCAUCAGCCCUCACCAACCUCAGCAUUCGCACUCAGAUUCCCUCAGCCCUCCAGACGCUUAUUCUGAUGCCCAGUCUAGCCUCGCGCCAGCCCUUCCCAAAACCCACAACCAGACCUCCCAGCAAACCCUACCGUACACUGUUAGCGAUGAAGCCGCUAAGGAGGACGUUAUCUUUUUCUGAACACCGCAUGGUGUAUAUGUUGACAUUUUGAAGCUGUCUUAAACUACUAAUGGAGCCGGAGUUUGUGAAGGAAAAAAAAAUGUCCAGAAAACCCAAAGACUUUUCAUGAUUGAAGUUAACUAGCGUGAAGAAAACUGUAGCAUGUGAAGGAUAAAUUGGCGUGUUUUUUUGGGUCGCAAUUUUGCACAGAGCUAAUGUUCCAGUGUUUUUGGAUGACAGUUUUCUCUUUGGUCUGUUCAGAUUUGGUUGUAGUACGUUGUGGUCAAUCUGGAGCAUUAUUGCAUAUGGAUAAGGACAAAUGGAUUAAAAGGUUUGACAUUUCGGCAACCGUUCUUAUUGAGUCCAGGAUAUUGUUUUUUGUUUUGGACCGUACACUGUAGACAAAUGUGCUGGAUUUUAACCUAGAUUGUUUCAUUGAAGAAAAGCCUUCAUUUCAGUGGUCAUUUUAUCCAUGGGGUUUUGUCUUUUUAAAGAUUUCUUCCCAAUUAUUACCAGAAAAUCUGAAGAAAAUGCUUUUUUUUUCUUUUUCUUUUUUUUGUGUCUUCAAAAUGAAGAGAGCAAAUGAUCUUGAUAUUUUGAGAUAACACUCAAACUAAAACAAGACGAAGCAUGCAAAUAUUUUAUAUAAUAAAUCAAUCCUGUUUUCAUCAUUAAAAUCAUCAAAAAGUCAAUUUAAGACAUGAUUUGGUUAAAAUCCUAAUUGAUCAUUACCGCAAUGCAAUAACAUUUUCAUUACUGUGGUAUAAAGUAGCUUGUCAAAUAUUGAAAAAAUUACAAUUGUUAUGCUAUGUUAACACCAGACACAACGUCUGUUAUGCAAAUAAAUUGCGCUAGUCCAUUCUUUUUUGAGUUUACUCAUUUCUUUCGCGCGUCAAAUUCAAUUUAUUCACGCAGCAAAUUCGCUUUACAAUAGACGCGCAUUUGUGUCAUGGGCAAGACUUCUGUCUGUCCUGUGACUAGCUUCGUUGCUAAAUGGCUAACAUGCAUUUUAUUGAGAGAAUAGCUGUGUUAUUCAACAACAGGCGCUUCAUGAUAAUCACGCCGCUACAAAAGAAAGCUCCUGAUUGGUUAACGUGGCAUGAAUUUCCGCUGAAGUUCAGAUUUUCCAACUCAAGCAAUACGUGCGUUAAGCGUGUCAAACACGCAAAAUGCUCAACUCGCUCCGCUUAAUUUGAGUGAAUUGUCACAUUCGCGCUACCUCAUCUGCAUGAAAUGCAGAGCAGGAUGUCUAUUCGCGUCUUUGCAUUGACUUCACAUGUAAAUGCGCUUGACACUUCAUCAGCGUCUGGUGUGAAUACAGCUUCAGUAUACUGUACAUCAGUGGUCCCCAACCUUUUUAUCACCGUGGACUGGUCAACACUUGACAAUUUUGGCAUUUAGGAGAUGAGGGGGUGGAGGGGGUUGCUAGGUGAACAUCAACAGUUUUCCUAGAUGAUGAUAACAAAACAUUGCUGCAGCUCUGAUACAAGUUUUAUUUAUGGAGAACAUUAAAAAGCACUGCAGUGUUUGGGUGUUCUGUGUUUGUCUGAGGUAAUUAGUCUACCGAAAUGUAUAAAAAGUAUAAAGCUGAUUGGUCAGUUUUUGUCACAUGACUCGUGGUGCAUUCGUGGCAUUCUGAAAAGCUGAGAUGUUUUCAACUGGGUGCACCUGGAAAACAAGAGCACGUUGCUUCCAAUAUGCUUGCGCAUGCAGCACGCCUCUAUUGGAAGAAACGAACUUGUGCAAGGAAAAGAUGCGACGUGUGAACAAGGUCGCCGUCAUUUACAGUCUACAGGAAUCGAUCUUGCACAGACAUGCUGGAUUUACCUGAUUUCUAGACAAAUGGGUUGCGGAUACAUUCUUUGGCAGUUUGAGGUCCUUCUUACUUAUUUUGCUAAUUUGUGGGUUAACUUUUAGUGCUCAAGUAACCGAGAUGUAACUGAGAGAAAACAGUCAUUUUUCAAAAUAAAAUAGUUUUCAAAAUAAAAGAUCGUUAAGACUCGGAUAAUAAAUAAAACAGAAACUAUUCAUCAUUUCUUGGCCCAGUAUCAACUGAUCUACGAACCGAUACCGGUGCGCGGCCCGGGGGUUGGGGACCAUUGCUGUACAUAAUGAAAAUAUUUACUUUACUGUAAUUGGACAAAAAAAAAUGACAGGAAUGACAUUUUGUUGGAUAUAUAUAUAUAUAUAUAUAUAUAUAUAUAUAUAUAUUUUUUUUUUUUUUGCAUUGUGGUAAUAAAAUGCAAGUAGUCCUAAAUAGAUUUUAUUUUCUGUUCUAAAUUAAGACCAUUUUUUAUUAUUAACAAACCGAACAAAAAACAUCUCUCUACACAAUUACAGUAAUGACAGUUACAUUUUAUUAAUUUAUUUUAGCCAUUGCGGUAAUGAAAAUUUGAACAGUCCUAAAUAGUGGGGGUUUCAAAUUCGUGCCAAACCGGAGUAGUUUGUCUUUUUCGACGUUAAAUAUUGUUUUAUACAUUUUUUUUGAAGCUUUCCUCCCCCACCCAAGUCUUAAAUAUUUCCACAGUCAAGAAGGAAAUCUGUCUUUUAACCUUGUUUGCUCUUAACAGAUUUACUCAUUGGCAUUGCCUCUUUUCUUAUGACCCACAUUUAUUUCAUUCCACGUCUAAUUUAAGUCCCUGAAGUUGUCAAGUAUGUCCUCUGUUCUCGAGCCAACCACAGAAACAGCUUCAUGAUGUAACACUUACUGUAAAUUUCAGAGUAAAGCCACCAAAGACUGAGGAUCGUUUCUAAAUCUAACCCUGAAGUCUCUGACGUUCGUUUCCUGCGACCGCGUGAUUUGUAUAUAUAUGUUGUACAUAAUUUCCUUUUAACAUAGAUAUGAGAUGUAGAUAUUAUGUGAUUGUGGCCAUCACAGAUGGUUGUGGCACUCGAUCGGGGUAUAAUUUUAUUUCAUUGUCAUGUGUCAUUCAUUUUUUAAUAUUUUAGUUUCAAUGAGACCCACAAUGCAUUGCUUUCAGAUAACAUUUCACCAUGAUGUAAGAAAGUGUUUUUAAUGUUAUUCAUCCUAGAUUUUGGGUUUCUAAAGGCUUUUCUGUGGUGCAAGUUUUCAAUUUGUAGCAGAUUGUUUUUUGGCCAUCAAUGAAGCAUGAAUGUCGAAUGAUGUUGAGGAAAUAUUAAUGAAGUCAAUGACUAAAUGCUGUUAGUUUAACUUCUUUAGCUACAGCGCACUUUACCUCUAAAUCAAUUGUCCUCUUUGAUUUCUUGUACAAAAGUGAAACAAAAAUCCAUCAGGUUGCUUUAAAUUGCCCGCCAUUCAUUGUGACUGUAUCGUCUUGCAGUUUUUGAAUGUACGACGUCAUCCAUUGGAGAAAUUGUCAAAUUAUUUCAGAUAUGUCAAAAAUAUAUAUAUGAUUUUUCUGUUUCUAGUUACACUAGCCACUUUUUGAAUACCAGCAUACUGUAAGGGGACCUCAAGUGUUAAUGUUUCUGAUAUUUCGUGUCUUAAGUUUGUAGAACACAAGGCCAGUGUGAUUUUUUUUUCUACCACAGCACUGUACUCACUGUACCGAAGUUUUAAAUGAUAGAAAUACUUGUGAACACUUAAAACUGCUGCCUUUAGAGACAUUUUAGUAAUAAAAUAUGUGAAAAAACUGA